AUGUAUGUAUGUAAGAUAUCUAUAUCUCUAUCUAUCUAUCUAUCUAUCUAUCUAUCUAUCUAUCUAUCUAUCUAUCUAUCUAUAUAUAUAUAUAUAUACACACACAAAUACUACGGACCAGGAAUAUUUUCUUUUGAAUGUCCGUCUCUAACUCUCGCUCUCUCUCUCUCUCUCUCUCUCUCUCUGUCUGUGUAUAUAUAUCUCUCUCUCUCUCUGUGUGUCUCUCUCUCUGUUAUAACGCCUUUCUGGCACUACGAAUCUAUUUCUCACUCUCUCUCCCUCUCUUUCUGUUAUGACGUUUUUCUUGCACUGCGAAUAUCUUUCCCACUCUCUCUCUCUCUCUCUUUCUCUCUAUAUCUUUCGGUUCCAACGUUUUCCUUGCACUCUGAAUAUAUUUUCCCUCUUUGUUACUCGCACGCGCAAAGUUCCAUAACACCCCUUCAACUACAGCAUAUCCCCAAUUCUUUAGCGCCCCCCCCCCUGCAAAAGCCGUUGUUCAGUCUCUCUUUUUACCCUCUUGUUCCACCAACUUACGAUUCUGGCCGUUUAGAAAGCAAAAGUCUGCCUAAUUAUUUCCCGUUGGCCAAUUUCGGACCAGAAGCCAAAUCUAUACAAACGCGAGGAAUAUGUCCGACACUUUAUUUGUUGCCAUUCGAGAUUCUUUUGUUGUUUUGUCUGCAAUCGUGUUUCGGCAGAGAAAGGUUCCAAAAAUACGACAUAAAUGCGCAUGCGUUCAUAGCUGUGUAUGCAGAGGACAACAAGUGGGACAGACUACUCGCUUUUCAUCUCUCUCUCUCUCUCUCUCUCUCUCUCUCUCUCUCUCUCUCUCUCUCUCUCUCUAUCUAUCUAUCUAUCUCCACCCAUUUCUUUCCUUCUCUCUUUCUACUUUCUGUUGUUUUCUAUUCUUCGCCUCUCUCUCUCUCACACUCUCUUUUUGUCUCUAAACUUCCUCUUUCGAUUUUUCUUUUUAUCACUCUUUUCUUUUACCUCUUCUUCAUUUUCUUUCUUACUCUCACUUUAUUCUUCUCUCUAUAUUUCUCUUCUCUUUCAGCGACUCUCCCACCACUCUUUCCAAAUCCCCCGCUCACUUCCACCCUUUUCUUCUUUAUCUCUAUUUCUAUUGACCUAUAUCUUUCCACUUUUUUUUUCUUCUCGUCUCUCUCCUUCACUCGUUGUAAAUAUUUUUCUCGCCCUUUAUAUUUAUUUGUGGGCAAUCGAUAUAAUCUUUCUUCUUCUUCUUCUUCUUCUUCUUCUUCUUCUUCUUCUUCUUCUUCUUCUUCUUUCCCUUAUACUCUUUUCGAUAUCGUCUCACGGGUGCAGUACUAA